AUGUUGCCCUAUAUAGAUCACUUGUUCAACUACCCGGCGCAGCUGACCGGCGCGUCCGUGGAUGAGCUCAAGCUGAUCGCAUCCUUCCUGCUCUCCUACCCGCUGGCCGCCCUGCUGAAGCGCAUUCCCGACGCGCAACCUUGGAAAAAGAAUGCGUUCAUCAUCGGUGUCUCGCUCUUCUACAUCGUGGGGCUGUUCGACCUGUGGGAUGGACUGCGAACACUUCUCUACAGUGCUGUCGGCACUUACGCGAUUGCCUACUACGUGGACGGCUCGUUGAUGCCUUGGAUCGGCUUCCUGUUCCUCAUGGGUCACAUGUCAAUCAGCCAUAUCCAUCGCCAGAUCCUCGACGAUGCUCAGGUGGUCGACAUCACGGGAGCUCAGAUGGUUCUCGUGAUGAAGCUGAGCUCUUUCUGCUGGAAUAUUCAUGAUGGCCGCAAGCCCCAGGAUCAGCUCUCUGAUUCGCAGAAAUACUCGGCUAUCACCGAGUUUCCCAGUAUCGCCAACUAUGCGGGCUACGUCUUGUUCUUCCCGUCGCUGUUCGCCGGUCCUUCCUUCGAGUAUGUUGACUAUCGUCGCUGGCUCGACACCAGUCUAUUUGAAGUUCCGCCGGACACGGAUCCGUCCAAGGUCCCGCCCACCAAGAAGAAGCGCAAGAUCCCCCGUAGCGGAACCCCUGCUCUCAAGAAGGCUAUCGUUGGUCUGGGCUGGAUCUUUCUAUUUCUACAGCUCGGCUCCCGGUACACCACAGACUUUGUCCUGUCGGACUCGUUCAUGGACUAUGCUUUCCCCCGUCGCAUCUGGAUUGUCUACAUGGUUGGAUUCUCCACCCGUCUGAAGUAUUACGGUGUCUGGUCUCUCACCGAGGGCGCAUGUAUUCUGUCUGGCAUGGGGUACAAUGGCUUUGAUGGCAAGUCCGGUAAGGUCUUCUGGAACCGCCUGGAGAAUGUUGAUCCCUGGCGUCUGGAGACUGCCCAAAACUCGCACGCCUACCUCGGAAGCUGGAAUAAGAACACUAACCACUGGCUGCGCAACUACAUCUACUUGCGUGUUACCCCCAAGGGCAAGAAGCCUGGUUUCCGUGCCAGUAUGGCCACUUUUGCCACGAGCGCGCUCUGGCACGGUUUCUAUCCGGGUUAUUACAUGACCUUCGUCCUGGGUUCGUUCAUUCAGACUGCCGCAAAGAACUUCCGUCGCCAUGUUCGUCCCUUCUUCCUCACUCCGGACGGCAGCAAGCCGACGCCCUACAAACGAUACUACGAUAUCCUCAGCUGGGUUGCCACGCAGUUUAUCUUGGCCUUCACUGUUCUGCCGUUCGUUCUGCUUAGCUUUAGUGACUCCGUGACCGUCUGGUCCCGAGUGUACUACUACGGUAUUGUUGGCACGUUCUCCUCCAUCGUCUUCUUCGCCUCCCCUGCAAAGGCCUACCUGAUUAGCCAGAUGAAGCGCCGCAGUCGUCCCCACAUGACUCGAUCCGCCAGCACAGAUACUAUCCCACCGACAACUCUGGGUCUGCCCAACGACCCCGAGCGCGACUUUGACGAGGCCGUCCAAGAGGUCAAGUCCGAGAUUGAGUCUCGUCGUCGCCGCGGUAGUGUCGUCACCAUGCCCACUGGGGAGGAACUGAAUAUUGCCGUCGAGCAUAAGAUCGGUCGCAAGUUGUAG